CCAAGUCUUUCGAUUGAUUAGCUUGAAGCAGUUGGCAGCAACAAUGGCGGCACCUGUAAGUUUGGUCCGGAUAGGCCUCCUCUGUCUGUUGGCGAUGUCCGCGUCGGCGCAAUACCCGUCGUCCCCAAGCUCCCCGGACUCGUACCCGUCCCCGGGCUCCCCGGACUCGUACGGCUCCCCGGACUAUCCCGACUCGUACGGCUCCCCGGACUCCCCGGACUCGUACCCGUCCCCGGGCUCACCGGGCUCCUACCCGUCUCCAGGCUCCUACCCGUCCCCAGGCUCCCCGGGCUCUUACCCAUGCCUAGGCUCCCCGGGCUCCUACCCGUCCCCUGGGUCCCCGGACUCCUACCCGUCCCCAAGCUCGUACCCAUCCCCAGGCUCCCAAGGCGGUUACGAGGGGGAGGGGGAGAUCAUUCCACCUAGGAAUGUCACAUGCAAGGACACCGACGGCAAGCGGCCUGGGUGCACGAGCACCUGCCCCGACCGGUGCCCCCAGCAGUGCAUCGUCCUCUGCCCCGACUGCAGGACAUUUUGCCACGACGAGGUAAAGCCGGCGAAGCCCGUGCCGCCGCCUGCCAUGUUCGUGUUCGGAGAUGGGGCACUGGACGUCGGCAACAAUGCAUACUUGCCACAGGUCGAAACAGAGGAGGGGUACUCCCCUCAAGUCUCCCGAUCUUGCAGCGGCAGGUUCAGCAACGGGGCCAACUUGGCUGACACAAUCGCGACAUCCAUGGGCUUCCAGGAGAGCCCUCCAGCUUACAUGUCAUUGGGUGGCAGGCUCAACAUGUGGGGAGCGAACUACGCCUCCGCGGCUGCCGGUAUCAGAAUUUCUACUAACGGAGAGCGAUCCAUCUCGUUGCCGAAACAACUGGGGCACUUCAAGGCAACUAGGACCCAGAUGGAGGCCAAGCUGGGCAGCGAUGCCAAAGUACGCGACCUACUGUCCAAGUCUGUCUUCCUCCUUGGCAUCGGCAGCCAGGACGUCGACCCAAUGGUGAAUGUCCAGGACUCAGAUGUGUGGGCACAUACCGAGAUCCAGGAACUCAUCGCCCAGUAUGGGGAAGCCCUCACGUCCCUUUACGACAUGGGUGCCAGGAAGAUCGCCAUCGUCAACGUCGGCCUUAGUGGGCAGACCUAUUACAAUAUCUGCAACAAGUGCGUUGACAAAAACGCCAUUGCGUUUGACACUGCCCUCAAACCCCUCAUGGCCAGCCUCGCGUCCAAGAAGUCGGGCCUCUCCUACUCCAUCGGCGACUUCUACGGCUUCACCACAGCCGUCUUCGCCAACCCAGCAAAUUAUGGGCUAAUGAAUACCCGGGACUCCUGCAGCCAGAGGGGCUACCCGGACUGGACGUACUGCUACAACCCAGAUGGUUACUGGUUCUGGGACCCGGAGUUCAUGACAGAUAGGGCUGCCAAGCUGACAGCCGCUGCGUUUUACUACGGUCCACCCCAGUUUACAUUUCCAAUUACGUUUAAGGCUCUGCUGGAGAAAAAAUAAUUUCAUCUUGCGGUAUUUUAGUAGUAUGUAUUGUAUUUGUUUCCACUAGACAUGUGCUAUGGAAGCAACUGAAAUAUGCAAUAAGUAUGCCAUGAAGAAUAAAACAGGUCAUUCGGACCUUUCUAUCUAUAUGAUAUUAAUAAAUAUUACUCCUACUGA